ACAUCGUCCCUCGCCCUCAAAAAGCAGUCCUUGAACAUGUAAUUUAACUGAUUAACGGCAGCUGGCUUCCCCGGAUCGUUUCUGUGAUUAUUUGACUCUUGAUCGAUACGCCUGCCGUAGCCUAACUCCCUUCCUCUUUCACAGACCAUUUAUUCAUUCAUUCAUUCACCACACUCAACACAAUAUACUGGAAAUCAUACGAAUUUAUUAGCCCUGUGCUUUAUUUUCUAUUGAUACAACGUCCAGAAACCGCUUGCUAGGACCCAGAGCCGUCGUGCGCCCCAAAGCAUCGAUCUAUCCAUAAUCCGCAAACAGCAGGGCUGUUCGCGAACCGUCUUCCUGCUACUACACCACAACUACUAUCGACAUGAACUUUCCAAGGCACGACAUGCCAGGCAUGGAUAUGGGCGACGACUCAUCCGGCUCCUCGUCGUCGUCGCACGGGUCAAGCAUGAUGACCAUGGUCUUCCAAACCGAAACUCGCACGCCGCUGUACGCCAACUCGUGGACACCAAAUAAUGCAGGGUCCUAUGCAGGAACAUGUAUUUUCCUGGCUGUUCUUGCUAUCAUUGCGCGGGCCCUCGUCGCAUUCAAAGCUGUCCAAGAAGCUCGCUGGCUUGAUCGCGAAGCUGCACGCCGUUACGUGGCGGUCAAUGGCAAGAUCCCCUUGUCGGAGCAGAUAGCUUCUAGCCCCGACGCGCGCCGCAUGACCCUCUCGGAAAAUGGUCUCGAAGAAACCGUCGUGGUUGUGGAAAGGAAACGAGCAGCGACGAGACCGUGGAGGUUCAGUGUUGACCCGGUUCGGGCAUGUCUCGAUACCAUGAUCGUCGGGAUUGGAUAUCUUCUCAUGUUGGCCGUCAUGACGAUGAAUGUCGGCUACUUCCUCUCCGUCCUGGCUGGUGUCUUUGUUGGCAGCCUAGCCGUCGGUCGAUACAUACCAACAGUCGAGCAUUAGAGACAUAAUCAGAGCGUUGGCAGCAAAUGAUACUAGAUGAGGUCGGGGACACCACUAUGUGGUAAUUCUCGCAAUGGAAUGGGCGGCGUUUGGGGUUUUCCAGCAUGACACGAGCACGCGACCAAGUUUAUGUGACAGCAUUUAAUAAAGGUCACCAGGUGUUUCUGUCUCAUUUUUAUUGAUGUUCUUCUCUACCUACCUAUGCUUUGAGUCCCAUGCGUUAGUACUUCAUUUGUCGUUUGGGUGAAUUCGCAUGUCACUUUUGUACCGGUACGUCAGCGGGGUUUGAAAGCCGAAAACCUUCUCAAAUAUGCUCACCAUCAAGACCAUGACAAAGCGGUACUAGUGGUACGAGAACUGCAUACGACAGAAACACACCCGAACAUAGCCCCAGGGGCGCAAGAAAACUGGUAACACAAGAUAAAUCAAGGUGCCAAAAAUAUUUGACUCAUUAUCACUUAGGAUAGAGGUUCUGAGUUUUGUUACCUCCUCUCCUUGCAUGCAAACCUAAGCAAAGUACCUUAUUCCUAGGAAGGGAGGACUCUCGUGGAUGCACCGGAGUUUCACCAGGGGCACAAUAUCAUUGUUGAUGUCCUAGAGAUCCGAGAAAUGGAAAUCGGCACGUCAUAGCGAAUUUGGGAGCUGCACGCCUUGCAGUAUCGUUGGCCAUCCAGAUUUACCAAGAGACAAGUAUCUUCAAAUGCCUCAAGGGAGCAAUAAAAUUUCAGGCAGCAGAGAAGGCGGCCAAAAUAAACUCAUGAAUGAGAGUAUAUAGAUCCCUAAGCUUAGAUUAACUUACCUAAUACCUUUUGCCUCCCCUGGAUGCCAAAGAUGCUGAAGAACUUCAACGCAGCUAAGUCGUCAAGGUUAGACCUGGAUCCAUCCUCAUCAUCACUACGUACGCUGUGUUGAAACAAGACAUGAAAUUAUUGCUCAUAGGAACAACGGCCACAGAACUCCUAGCUGGCUUGGGUAGGGUGAGAACCGUCGGCGGGUGCUCUUCAAUUCCGAGACAGUUACCAUCGCGGGCAUCGUUCGGACGGGCUGGCGAGAAUUUAUUGAUGGACGCAGUCGAGUAGCCGGCUGUGCUGGAUUUUUUAUGAUCCUUAUAGACAAGAGAAAGAUAAUUUCAAGAUUAAUUCCAUAUCGGCAACGCUCCAGCCUCGUAAGGCGCUUUGUUAGGCUGUGUGAUGGCUCACGACCAAGGUUGUUGCCUGACAGGAGGAGGCAAGAAAACGGAUCGCUUUUCGAAAUGAGAAGAAGUAUUAGGCAAAUUUUGUAUAACCUAGUGUAUUUGAGUGAACUCUGGGACCAUCUUAUCUUGGUUCGCUUAUUCAAAGUCAGGAGUUUUCUUGCUCCUUGAGGCUCCAACCACGACUGACUACUCAUCACCAGGGGCUUCACUACCUCUACUACCUCCUUAUCAAACACUGGACUGAGACACUUUCAUAGCUCAUCUAUACUAAUUCGUCAUCUCAGUCUUGAUACUGGAAGGAGGCUUUCGUGUCGCGUGCUCCUGGCCACGGAAGGCAACUCGUUUCUCCUCACUCUUCGGAUCUUUCGAGGCAAAUAUAUUACAGCUAACUUUAUUGCCUGCAGUUAUCUU